CAGGUUCAUUUAUGGUGAAGAAUUGAAGCCUGAGGUAAAUAUCACAAAGCAAAAACACAAACCCAAUUACAUAAGAAAGCUCCAUUGUCUCUCUCUAGUCUAGCUAGGGUUUCCAUUUCUCAAAACUUUUGUUUUUCUUUUGUAAGGUUUUCAUAUUUUUAGUUGUGUUUCAGUACCUUGACUCUUAAAAAGAAAGAUCAUCUACUUCUUCCCCAGAGAAAAGAUUUUCAUUACUUGAAAUAUAUAUUUAUUAAGUAAUAUUUUUUUUUUUUGUUUUGGUGAGGGGAUUGUUGUUAUUAUUAUGGGGAGAGGAAGAGUUGAGUUGAAGAGGAUAGAGAACAAGAUAAACAGGCAAGUCACAUUUGCCAAGAGAAGAAAUGGGUUGUUGAAGAAAGCUUAUGAACUUUCAGUUCUCUGUGAUGCUGAGGUCGCUCUCAUCAUUUUCUCCACCCGUGGCAAGCUCUAUGAGUUCUGCAGCACCUCUAGCAUGCUCAAGACCCUUGAGAGGUACCAGAAAUGCAGCUAUGGUGCAGUGGAAGUUAAUAAACCUGCCAAGGAGCUCGAGAGUAGCUACCGUGAGUACUUGAAACUCAAAACGAGAUUUGAAGCCCUCCAGCGAACUCAGAGGAAUCUGCUUGGGGAAGACUUGGGUCCCCUUGGAACAAAGGAGUUGGAGCAGCUUGAGCGCCAGUUAGAGUCAUCCUUGAAGUAUGUUCGAUCCACUAAGACCCAGUACAUGCUGGACCAACUUGCUGACCUCCAAAACAAGGAACAGUUGCUACUUGAAGCCAACAGAGCUUUGACUGUAAAGCUGGAGGAAAUCAAUGCAAAAACUCAGAUUCGUCCAACAUGGGAAGGCAGUGAGCACAUGUCAUAUGCUCCUCAGCAUCCUCAGACUCAAGGCUUAUACCAGCCCAUAGAAUGUGAUCCCACUUUGCAAAUAGGGUACACUCCUGUAGUUUCUGACCAGAUUACUGCAACAUCUCAUUCCCAACAUGUGAAUGGGUUUAUUCCUGGAUGGAUGCUCUAAGUGGGGUUUGAUGCUCAACUGGGAAAAUGCUUCUUGAUGUUUGGCAAUUUGUACAUGUUUUCAAGAGCAUGUUUUAAACCCACCCUUAUCAACAUAAAAAACAGCAGUGACUGAUUGAAAUUGUUGCAUGGGAGGACUAAGGAACCUUCAUCCCUGGACUAUAUCCCCUUUAAAUUAUUAUGUCUGAUGGCAUUUAAGACUUCUAUUUUGCUAUUUGCUGUGUUUUACAGCAUGACUAUUUCUUAAUGAACUGACUUGAUUACUAUUUAA